GCUGUUUAGACGCUGUGAUAAGUUGACCACAACAAGUUGAAGAAGGGACCUAGACCCUUUUAGACCCUUCAAUGAAUUACAACUAGUUUUAAUCCUAAACAAAUAGAUCCUGUUACUUUCAAAAUAUAAAGGUUGUUUAUGUUAUACAGGGUAUUUACAAAGUUAUAACCAAUUUUAUAUGAAAAUCGUAACAAGUUUAACUCACUGUAUAAAUAAAAAUAAGCACAACGGCAAUGGUUUAUUGAUGCCAUAUUUUUUUAUUUAUUGUCAAAAUUUUUAAAAAUGAUUGAUAUUGCUAAUUUACUUUAUAUCUAAUAAAGGGUGAGUUAAAACUCAAGUACAUUAUUUUUUCAGUAAAAUUUAAAUGGGAUACCCUGUAUUUUAUAUCACUAUUAAAAAGUACCAUUACCGUACUUUAAUUUGUAUACAACACUCCCUCCUAUUCGUCUGUCUACGCAAAAGAAAAAGUAAUAAAAACGCGUGAUCAAGGGAUCAGGUACCUGCUUCUUGAAAAAUAACAGUCGAAGAGUCCGAUUAGGUACUUACUUCCCAGAAGUUGUAUCGGAUUAUUACCAACAACUGUUUACCACGAAUUCUGACUGUUUGACUGAAGUUUUAGUGCUUGUAGGCCGUACGGCAUUUGAAAAAGGAAGAUUUUUUACGUGACAAUUUACCACCUUUAGUGAAAAAUUCCGCAAAAAAAGAUUUUACGGAAAUCUGAAAAAUUUUUGUGAAAAAAUCGCUCGUUUUUUUUUCAGUUUUUCAUGGUUAAAAAAUAUUUAUAUUUUUUAUUUUUUGGUCAAAUUGUGGUAAAUUGUCACGUAAGAAACCUUCCUUUUUCAAAUGCUGUACGAUUUUUUUAUUUCGGAUAUUCCAAUCCUGAGAUUAACUGUUGGCCAUCAUUUUUCGAGGCCUCGACUUUUGCGCCCUCUACAAUAUUAGUGUACGUGCAUAAAUGAUAAAAGAUAUAUUUUUUGUUCUCUAUAAGAGUUAGGUAUUAAUAUGUAAAACGUUUUAUAUUCAUUUUUAAUAAAGGUUCUGAGAAAAAAAUUGUUAUUUUUGGUUUUCUAAAGUGUACUAGUACCUUACUAAACUGGACUGAUGUUUUGGGGUUACAAACGUUGUUUAGACGCUGCCAUAUGUUGCUGUGAUUUAUCGAGAUUAUUCCUAAACGUUGUUGACAACUAUCGAUCGCAGUAAAGCCGUAGCCAUGGAGGAAGUAUUACUGUCAGUAUUAGUCGGAUGUUUAGUAGUAAAGAAAAGGGAAAACUCGCGAAAACCCAGAUCGAAGUGGAGCCGCAAGUGGUUACUAAUGAGAAGGGAAUUCUCUCAUGUGAAGUUAAUGCAAGAAUUGAGUAAUGAGCCAAACGACUGGCGAAAUUAUUUGAAGAUGGACGAGGGGACGUAUCAUGAGUUGUUAAGCUUAGUUUCUCCGUUUAUUACGAAACAUGAUACUUUAAUGAGAAAAGCGAUAUCCCCACACGAAAGACUCUCAGCUACCUUACGAUUCCUUGCCACCGGAAGAACCUUGAAGGACAUAGAAUAUUCAACUGCCAUUUCUAAACCAUCUCUGAGCUCAAUAAUCCCAGAAACCUGUGAAGCUAUUUAUAAAGUACUACAACAAUUUAUCCAGUUCCCUAAAACUGCCGAUGACUGGUUAAAAAUUGCCUCAGAUUUUGAAGAGAAGUGGCAAUUUCCUCAUUGUUUGGGCGCUGUCGAUGGUAAACAUAUCCGGAUUGUUCCACCAAAGGAUAGUGGUUCCUAUUACUUCAACUACAAAAAGACACACAGUAUAGUCUUGAUGGCCAUAGCAAACGCUCACUGCGAAUUUAUACUGUGUGAUGUAGGAACGAACGGUCGAAUAUCUGAUGGAGGUGUGAUCAAUAACACUCUUUUCUACGAAAAACUUAUAAACCAUCAAUUAAACAUUCCUGGGCCCGAACCAGUUAGCUUUGAUCUUGACCUGGAAUAUGUUUUUGUCGGGGAUGAUGCCUUUGCAUUAAGACCUGAUCUUAUUAAGCCAUACGGUCGGGAGUCCCUUAAUAACGAGAGAAGAAUAUGCAACUAUCGUAUAUCGAGGGCACGGCGAGUUGUUGAGAACAGUUUUGGAAUUUUAGCUUCACGAUUUCGUAUUUUUCACACUGCAAUAAACUUAAAUGUGAAAACCAUCGAAUCACUAGUUCUUGCUUGCUGUGCAUUGCACAACUUCUUGAUGAAAAAAUCAUGUAAUUACUCCUCUCCUAAAAGUUAUGAUCGAGAAGAUAUUAUCGAUGGUACUAAGCAACUAGGUGCAAGGCCUCAUCCCAAUAAAUUCCACAAUCUCGAUAGAAGUUCAGGAGGUCAAGUUUUACAACAAGCAAAAACCGUUCGAGAAAAGUUCUGUACGUAUUUUAACGGGGAGGGAUCAGUUCCUUGGCAAGAAAAAUUUGCAUUGAAGGUUUGACAUUUAUAGUUAAUUAGUGAAAAGUAUAUUAAGUAAACUAGAAGAUCAUUUGAGACCCAGGGAUGUUCUUCAAUAUGUUUUUUGUUAUCAACCUGUACUUAUUAUAAUAUACCAUGGGGGAUCUACUUUGAGGUGGAUGUGAGAGCUGGCAUUCCGAUUUUUGCAGAACAAGUUAGGUGAUAGGCAACCGACACAAUAAUUUAGAAUUUAAUGUAAUUUUAUUUUAAAUUAAAAUAAUUUUUAUUUUAAGAUAAUACAGGGUGUUUCAUUGGGAAAGUAACACUCAAAGAGGGCACUUAGGCGGUCUCAAAAAUACCAUACUUAAUAGGUCUUACUUCAAUAAUAUCAAAGAUACUGGGUGUUUUAUCUAUUUUGCCGAGACAUUUUCUUAUUUGGUUCAUAACUUUUUAACCACACUGUAUAUUUAUUUGAUA